AUGCAUUUUUCUCGCCAUCAUUCAUUGCGACACACAAACAAAGAUGCAUCUCAAUCAUCCAAGCCGGAUCCUGAGGUUGGGCUUUCAUUCCUGUACCGUUCAACAAGACGUGGCUCACGUUUAAGUUAUCCAUCGUUUCCAACUUAUUACUCAUUAGCAUACAUUCACAUGCCGUACUCAGCCAAGAACAAUUCGCGCUCGGUACACUCAAAUUUUCAAAUCUUGCUCUAUAAUUUUCUCGAACGACCAUCUGGUUUUAAAUGUUUUAUCUAUCAUUUUACUGUAUUCAUAGUGGUGCUCGUUUGUUUGGUACUCUCUGUUCUAACAACUAUUGACAGAUUUUCUGCAAGCUUAAGUUUAUACGUUUAUUGGAUCGAAAUCUUUCUUGUUCUUUUCUUUGGUGUUGAAUAUGUUUUACGACUUUGGUCAGCAGGAUGUCGAAGCAAAUAUAUGGGCAUAGCAGGCCGAAUGCGAUUCGCACGAAAGCCGAUCGCAAUCGUCGAUCUAAUUGUUGUUGUUGCCUCGACAUUAAUGAUUACUUUGGCGGCUGAUCGUCAAGCAUUUGCCGCCUCAGCCAUACGCGGAGUUCGAUUUCUUCAAAUUCUACGUGUACUGCACGUUGAUCGACACGGUGGGACGUGGCGUUUACUCGGAAGUGUUGUUUACAUCCAUCGACAGGAAUUAAUUACAACAUUAUAUAUCGGAUUUCUCGCAUUAAUCUUCUGUAGUUAUCUUGUUUACAUUGCUGAGAAAGAUGAAAAAGGUAACGGAGAAUUGCGCGGCGCCAAAGGGAACGACAGUCAUUUUGAGUCCUAUGCCGAUGCGUUGUGGUGGGGUGUAAUCACGAUAACAACAAUUGGUUAUGGGGAUGUCUAUCCAGUAACAUGGUUUGUAGAGCUCGGAAAAAUAAUUGCCGCAUGUUUUGCUAUUUUUGCUAUAUCAUUUUUUGCUUUACCUGCUGGUAUUCUGGGCUCUGGUUUCGCUCUAAAAGUUCAACAAAAACAACGACAAAAGCAUUUUUCUCGUCAAAUUCCCGCGGCAGCAGCCCUCAUUCAAGCUGCUUGGCGUGUCUAUGCAAGCGCUCCCGACUCGACGUCUGUUGCUACCUGGAAUAUGUACUUAAGCCCCGAUGAUUCAAAUCUAGCUUCGGCGAAUAACAAAUCAUUCUCGACUAAUAGUCAAACUUUCGGUGAAAAAACAGCUGAAAAACUCCGGUAUUUACGCUUAUCCUCAGCACAUCGGAAGCAUCGUGUAAAAAGAAAUAGUCAAGCGCCAACGUCACCUAAUCUAUUACAAUCGCCUACUUUCAAUGAUGCACGAGGUUCGACAUCGUCAGCCUCAAACACAACAGGUUUAGAAAAUAAUGAACACGAUGACGAAGAUUUCGAAGAAGAACCUAUUAAACUUUGUUCUUUAACUGAAGACCAUAAACGAAUGAUAAGAUGUGUACGGAAAAUGCAAUUAAUUGUCGCUCGCAAUCGAUUUCAAUUGGCACGAAAACCAUACGACGUACGUGAUGUGCUUGAACAAUACUCUCAUGGACACAUUAAUAUGAUGAUGAGAAUAAAAGAAUUGCAACGAAAAAUCGAGCAUACAAUUGGUAAGCCAGGUCCAGGUACUAGUGAUGAUCGUGCGAAAUUAACCGUUCUUUCUCGAAUGCAACGUGUGGAAAAUGUCAUUGGUGAUAUGGGACAAACAAUGGAAAACAUUCUAGUGUUGUUGAAACAUGUCGACGAAAAAAUUGAUCGAUUAUCAUCAAAUAAUAGUCAUCGAUCAACGAGAUCGAUGGCAGCGCAAAUGAACGUGAAAUUUUCUUCUGUGCCAGAAGAGUUACCAUAA